AUGCAUGAUUCGUCAAUCGACUCACCAUCUGACAACACAGAGGUUUUUCUAUCGCCGCCGCCGCCUCCCUCUUCCCGCGGAGUAUCAACGGGAGCGGUGGUUGGAAUCCUCUUCGGUUUAGUAGCUCCGCUUGUGGUAUUGACUUUGUUUUAUAUCCAUUGUAUAAAGAAACGAAAAAGAGACGAUGAAGAUGAAGCACCGCCUGCUCCCAAAGACAUCUUCAAAUUGAUAAUCCGGUAUCUCUCAGCUGGAGGGCCUUACGGUGGACAGCAGGAACAAAAUUCAUCACGACCGUCAGAUCAUGUGAUGGCGUCUCUUCCACUACCAAAGCCUACUUCUACACCACAACAGCCUCCCCGGACUCCUCCAGCACCGUCUUUCACGAGCAGCAGCAGCAGCAGCGGCGGUGGUUACGACUCAAACUACUCGGAUCAAUCACCUCUUCCUCCACAAUCUCCAGGUCUUUCAUUAGGCAGCACUUUCAGUUACGAGGAAAUAGAAAGAGCCACCGAUGGAUUUUCUGAGGCCAACUGGUUAGGGCAAGGCGGAUUCGGAUAUGUGUUCAGAGGUAUAUUGCGUAACGGACAAGAAAUCGCUGUGAAAAUGUUGAAACUUGGGAGUGCUCAGGGAGAGAGAGAGUUUCAGGCAGAGGUCGGGAUCAUUAGCCGAGUUCACCAUAGGCAUUUGGUUGCUCUUGUCGGUUAUUGCGUAGCCGAUGCUCAAAGAUUGCUUGUCUAUGAGUUUGUUCCCAACAACACUCUCGAGUUUCACCUCCAUGGGAAGGGACAGCCUCCGAUGGCUUGGAGCUCAAGAUUGAAGAUUGCGGUUGGUUGUGCCAAAGGAUUGUCUUAUCUUCAUGAAAAUUGCAACCCUAAAAUCAUUCAUCGUGACAUCAAGGCGGCAAACAUAUUGAUUGAUUUCAAAUUUGAAGCAAAGGUUGCUGAUUUUGGUCUUGCCAAGAUUGCUUUGGAUACAAACACACAUGUAUCUACACGCGUUAUGGGAACCUUUGGGUAUUUGGCUCCGGAAUACGCUGCAAGCGGAAAGCUCACAGAAAAGUCUGAUGUUUACUCAUUUGGGGUUAUUCUUUUGGAGUUAAUAACCGGACGUCGCCCUUUUGAUCCAACCAAUGUCCAUGCAGAUGAUAACUUGGUUGAUUGGGCACGACCCUUGCUUGACCAAGCAUCUGAGGAAAUUUUUUUUGAAGGUUUGGUUGAUACAAAGCUGAAUAAUGAGUAUGAUGGAGAAGAGAUGGCUCGCAUGGUUGCUUGUGCUGCAGCUUCUGUUCACCAUUUAGCUCGCCGGAGACCUAGCAUGGACCAGGUUACGCGUGUGCUACAAGGAAACACAUCGCCUUCAGAACUGAACGACGAGAUCAGACCGGGCCAUAUGAAGACAAGGCGAAGAUUUUGA